AUGAAGAGGUCGCCCGACGCAGAGCUCACCGACGUCCAGCGCUUCGAGGCCGCGCUCGCGCUCGUCAAGCCUCGCACGCUGGACCGACCGCGCCACAGCUUCUACCUCUCUGCGCCGGUCGAUCCGAUGCUGGUGCUUCCGGCCGACAGCGACGAGGUCGCAUGCAACGGUGGCAGCGAAGGCCACGCCUGCGCGACGCAGGUGCCAGGUGACCAUGUAUCCAUUGGCAACCGAGCCUGGAUCGACGCGCUCCAAGGCCACGUGCGCAAGACGAUCCAGACGAUGUUUGCCCCGUCCGGGUCGUUCUCGCUGCAACUCGCGUACUACGCAGCGAGCCUGUCUGGCCCGCAACAGCCGUGGGCGCCCACGAAUCGCCCGCCAGGAACGUUUGGCUUUCUCUGCGUCGAGUUGCCCGUCGUGCCGGCCAAGACACCUGCGCGCUGCUCUGUCUGGCUCUGCGGCGCGACAGCCGGUCUCUCGACGCGCCGGCCAUGGCUUGUCUACCACCUCGUGUUGGACGACGAGAACGGCGAUGAGAAUGCAGCUGCCGUCGCAGCGCUCCUCGCACUCGCUACUCGCCCAUCGCCGCAGGUCCACGUCCUGUGCAAGACGAUCACGACCCAGUCCGGCGGCCUCCAUCCGCACGACAAGGCGAUGCUUGCCGCGCUGCUGGCCACCCAGGCGUACGACGUACUCCUCGUUCGGCUGCAGUGGGCGAAAGAAGCGGACCUCCCGCGCGUCGCCGAGUGGACGCUCCCGGACGGCGCGACCCUGUGCGACGCGGUGACCCACCACCCUCGCUACUGCAAGAUCGAUGCCCGCCUGUUUGGAAACGGCGCCAAGCCCACGUACGGCUUUGUCUUUUGGCCCAAGUAUCAUCGCGCGCAGAUCGCACACCUCUCUGCGAUUGCACGCUCGCUUGCCGCCGCCUCCGACGAGACCAUUGACCUCUUUGGCCAGCCGUCGGUCGACGCACUUUUGAGGCCCGACGACAUUGUCGCCGUCUACGCGGCACUCGGUGACGCGCACCGUCUCGACUGGAUCGAGCGAUUCUUGACCCAGCUCUUCCAAGCCCCCAUCAACGGUGAUGCGGCCUUUCUUGAAGCCGUUGGCCAGCUCAUCUCGCGGGACAUUGCCGUUUUUGGCUGGUCGAACCUGGAGCCGAUCCUCUCUCAGCUUCUCCAGCGCUGGGUGCGCGCAAGCCGCUACGCACACAUUGCCAAUGGCUGCCGCCUCGUGGCCAGCAUCGCCGGCGUCACGACCCGCCCCAUCUGCGCCAAAGUCAAGGCGCCAGGUGUCUCGGAGUGGAUCGUCGAGGCUUACACGCUGUUGACGGAAGGCGCGGCCGCCAUCGGCGCCGAAGACAACUCGAUGCUCGUCUUCGACGCGAUCCCGCGUGACAUUUUGGAGAUGAGCUUUGCGCUGGACGCGUACUUGGCGCGGCUGCCCGUGACGCACCGGUGGUUUUAUGGCCACUUGCCCAACGACAUUGUCCUCUCGAUCGCAGCGAUGCGGGGACCGCCCACAACCUUUUGCCACGUGCUACAGCGCGCCGAGUACUCGAAAGUGCGGGCGCUGGCCCCGGCCGUGGCCAUGGCGUACCAACAAGGCCAUGACGCACUCGCCGCGCCGUGGGUCCCCGCCGUCUUGGAUGCUUACAACCGACACGACACGAGCCAUGACAUGUGUUGGCUGUCUGUGGACGUCCUCGCGGCGCUGCUGGUCGUCGGUGUCGUCGGCGACCGCUCGCUCGAGGUCGCCGGGCUCAUGGUUGGCCGCCUGCAUCUCCGCGUGGCGCCCGCGGUGCUCUUGGUCUUGCGGGACUGGCCAACGCUUGGCACACUCGAUUUCAUUGCGCAGUGCAGUCGCCUCUUGCUGGCUGUGGUCACGUCUGGUGUGGAUGUCGUGACUGAGAUGCCGACGACGAGCCACGACCCUGUGCACGACUACUAUGCCAAUGGGCCCGACGGCCAAAGCCUCGGCGGCGUCUCGGUCGGCGUUGGUCUGGCGCUUGAUGCGUUCGCGUACUUUGCAGCCUUUGACACCGCCAACUUGACUGCGUUUGUGACGGCGUGGGUCGCCGCUGUCGUCCCGCGCCACGUUCGCACAGUGUUGUUGAAGGUCACACUGCGCUUCAGCGACCGGUUUCCCGACCUCCACCGGGCUUUUGAGACGCUAACGACGGCGACGCUCGCAGCUCUGCCGUUGACGUCGGACGACGACCGUCGCCAGGUGCAAGCUCUCGUCGACGCGGCGCAAGAACGUCCUUUGAAGCGCCAAAGAGUUGCUUAG